UGGCUGAUAUCCCAGCAGAUCCCCCAGUUUGAAGAUGUGAAGUUUGAAGCAGCCAGUUUGCUGUCAGAGCUCUACUGCCAGGAGAAUUCCGUGGACACGGCCAAGCCCCUGCUGCGCAAAGCCAUCCAGAUCUCCCAGCAGACUCCCUACUGGCACUGCAGGCUGCUCUUCCAGCUGGCUCAACUGCACACGCUGGAGAAGGAUUUGGUGUCGGCCUGCGACCUGCUGGGCGUGGGGGCGGAGUACGCGCGCGUGGUGGGCUCCGAGUACACCAGAGCCCUCUUUCUGCUCAGCAAGGGGAUGGUGAAGAGCGUGAAGCCGUGCCUGAAGCAGCUGCAGCAGUGCAUCCAGACCAUCUCCACCCUGCACGACGACGAGAUCCUGCCCAGCAACCCCGCUGACCUCUUCCACUGGCUGCCCAAGGAGCACAUGUGUGUGCUGGUCUACCUGGUGACCGUGAUGCAUUCCAUGCAGGCAGGCUACCUGGAGAAGGCCCAGAAGUACACGGACAAAGCCCUCAUGCAGCUGGAGAAGCUCAAAAUGCUGGACUGCAGCCCCAUCCUGUCCUCAUUCCAAGUGAUUCUGCUGGAACACAUCAUCAUGUGCAGGCUGGUCACGGGACACAAAGCCACAGCCCUGCAGGAGAUCUCCCAGGUGUGCCAGCUGUGCCAGCAGUCGCCCAGGCUCUUCUCCAACCACGCUGCCCAGCUGCACACGCUCCUGGGUCUGUACUGCAUCUCUGUCAACUGCAUGGAUAAUGCAGAAGCACAAUUCACUACAGCACUGAGGCUCACAACCCACCAGGAGCUGUGGGCGUUCAUUGUCACCAACCUGGCCAGCGUCUACAUCCGCGAGGGCAAUCGGCACCAGGAGCUCUACAGUUUAUUGGAAAGGAUAAAUCCCGACCACAACUUCCCAGUGAGUUCCCACUGUCUGCGGGCUGCAGCGUUCUACAUCCGAGGGCUCUUCUCCUUUUUCCAGGGAAGAUACAACGAGGCCAAUGGACGGAUGGACCCCCCCCAGUCCAGUUCCAGGCCCAGAACGGCCCCACCACCAGCCUGGCCAGUCUGCUGUGAACUCCAGCAAAACUCCAGGAAAAUCCCUGGAAAAACUCCAGGAAAACUCCAGGAUAUCCACCAACAGCACCCCGUGAGGGGG